AAUUAAUUAAAAAUGGCACAUUCAUCAUCAUCAGGUGGAUCAUCAAAUUUCUUAUAUGACUUUUUAGCAGGUGGUGUAUCAGGAGCUUUAGCUAAAACAAUAGCAGCUCCUAUAGAAAGAGUAAAAUUGUUGCUUUAGACACAGCAUACAAAUCCAAAAUUAAUUGCUAGACCAUACGCAGGUAAUUAGAUAUUAUGAAAUUUUUUAGGAAUUUUGGAUUGUUUCAAGAGAGUAUUUGUAGAAGAAGGUGCUCUUUCUUUUUGGAGAGGAAACUGGGCAAAUGUUAUUAGAUACUUUCCAACAUAAGCCAUUAAUUUUUCUGUGAAAGAUGCUCUUAAUAGAUAAUUUUUAGCAGGUGUUGAUGCAAAGAAAUAACCAGGCAGGUAUAUUAAAUAAAAAUAAUUAGAUUCUUUGCUGGCUCAUUGUUAAGUGGUGGUAUUGCAGGAAGUAUUGGAUUAUUAAUUGUGUAUCCACUUGAUUUCAGUAGAACAAGAUUAGCAGCUGAUAUUGGAAAAGCAGCUAAUGAAAGAUAGUUUAAAGGAUUAGUAGAUUGUAUGGGAUAAAUUAUUAAAACUGAUGGAAUUACAGGAAUCUAUUAAGGAUUUGGUAUUUCAGUUGUUGGUAUAUUUGUUUAUAGAGCUUUAUAUUUUGGGUAAUUAUAAAUUUAUUAUUAUUUUUAGUGGUUAUGAUGCUGGUAAAAGGGCUAUUUGGGGAGAUGAUGCUGCUUAAAGAAAUUCAUCUAUAUUAGCAAGAUUCUUUUUUGCUUAAUUUGUAGUAUCAACAUCUGAAACACUUGCCUAUCCACUUGAUACUGUUAGAAGAAGAUUAAUGAUGUAAGCUGGAUAAAAGGGUAAUGUUGAAUAUUCAGUAAUUUAUAUAUUAUUAUAAUUAGGGAACUGUUGAUUGUUUUGCUAAAAUAUUAUCAAAAGAAGGACCUACUGGAUUCUUUAAAGGAAAUCUCUCAAAUAUCUGGAGAUCUGUUGGUUCAUCAUUAGUGUUAGUGUUUUAUGACGAAUUCUAAAAAAUAAUGGCAAAAAAUGCAAAACAUUGAUUAAUUUAAUAGCAAUAAUUACAUUAAUUUUUAA